UAAAUUACAGUUCAAACAAGACCUUGGUAACAUGAUGGGCACUCAAGAUAAGAUUAGCUGUUUUUAAGUCUUCUUAACGUCUUCUACAAAUUUUGGAGGAACUGCUGACUAGUCACGACUCAACCACUAUCCGAAUCAGAAACUAUGGUUAAUCGCGUGUUAAUCCUACUCCUUCUGACCCUUUCGGUCCCCCAAACCCUUCAAGAAUCGACCAACGAUCUGGCUGACCCCCUCUGUGGCGGCGGCAGCGCUGAGUGGAGCAUGAUCUGCAACAGCUGCAACUCGAUGACGCUGUGCAUGCCAACUGGCUCGCUGGAUAUGUUCUGCACCGAGGGCACCCCUUACUGCGUCGACGGAGACGACGGAUUUGCCACGUGCAACGAAACGCCUACGGCCGGAUGUGAACGCACGACCGAAGGCACAACGGAAGUUGUGACAACGGAGUCGACAACAGUGGAGUUGUCGACGGAGACUUCGACAGUGGUUGAAACUACAACUCAAUUGGAGAUUACCGAAUCAACGGAACCUCCUACCACAAUCAAACCCGUUCCCGCCAUGAAGUGUACCGGUCCCGGACUCUUCCCGGAUCCACGUGACUGCAACGCCUAUCACUACUGUUUCGCGAAGGGCGAUCAAUCGCACACUGUGCGAUGUUCUGAAGGGUCCGCUUUUGACUUUUCGUCCCAGCAAUGCAAGACGCUCAACUCACCAUCCGACUGCCUCACGAUCCGGUGUGACCCGCUAAAGGUAUUUCAGGAGUACGACACUACGGGGCAGUACUAUGGAGUUUGCUCGCUGGGUACGAUUACCGUUUACCGAUGCCCGGCGGCGGUGGUCAACAGCGAUGCUGCUGGAUCAUGUCCAUUCACGUGCUCAAAGGAGGGAUUCUUCACGAAUCCACUGGAACCGAACACAUACUUUCACUGCUGGCGCAUGUACGGAGCGAGGUCGCUAUCGAUUCGGAUGCUGUAUUGUCCCACCUGGUGGGAGUUUGACGAGAAGGCGCAAAGGUGUGUCUUCAAGAGGGUUUUGUAAGAUUUUGUAAGGUUUUUUGGGUUUUUUAUUCAAUAAAGAGCUAUGAUCCUUGAAUCUCAA